AUCACAUACAUUUCUUCAAAACCAUUAAAAACAUUAAACCCUCUUCUCACACUCACAACAACCUCCCACUUUCUCUCUCUUCCCACUCACAAUCUCUCUCUACAAACACUUAACAAUGGCGGCCACUGCUACACCACCACAACAAGAACACCAUUCAAUAUUGGGCCCCACUCAACCUCCAUCAUCAUACUCAACCUCUCUCCUCAUCAAUCAAUCUCCACCGUCAAAAUUACCAAUCGAUUUCAGCCCACCGUUGAUCGCCAUGGUAGUCGUAGCAGCUGCAGCUUUCUUAUUCAUCACUUACUCUCGCCUUAUUUCCCGCCAUAUUUUCCCGCCAUUUCUCCGCUUCUUCCGCCGCCAUCGACGUCGCCGGAGAUUCUUUCCGCCGUCAGACAUCGGCUCACCUCCGCAUCCCUACGAAUCUUCCGACGGUUUCUACGUUUACUCACCUUACGGACUCGAUGAAUCCGUGAUUAAAAACAUUCCGUUAACAAUUUACAAGUUUCCGACGAAGUUAGGGUUUAUAGAAGUCGACGGAUUCAACGAUUGCGCUGUUUGUUUACUUGAAUUCGAAGAAGGAGAAAGUAUGCGUACUUUACCUCUUUGUUGUCACUCUUUCCACGUCGAUUGUAUCGACAUGUGGCUUCGAUCACACGCCACGUGUCCUCUUUGUCGCGCCGGAGUUUACUUAUCUCCGACUAUCCAAUCGCCGAUGAUGUCGCCAUUAAUGGCGGCAAGAAUUCGACCGAGUUUCGACGAAGGAAUUCUCCUCGAAAGCAUGUUUUUAGAACCAUUACCGGAAUGUGAUGACGUGGAUCAAAACUCCGGCGAAAUUCAAGAGAUAUACUCGCCGGAAAUUCAAUCAGAAGAUCACCGGAGUAACAGAAGAGAGCUAGAUUUUCUUCUAAAACGAUCUUAUUCAUUCGGAUUUGAACGGAGUUUUCCAUCGGAAAGACUAGUGUUAGAGCCAGCAACGACACCGUAUCACCACCGUCAACGACGGAGCUUCUUCUGGUCAAAACGACUAUCAUCAACACCGUUUAAAUCAAGAGUAUUCUCUUUCCGGCGAACUAUAAAAUCUCCGGCGUUUUUCCGACGACGAGGUUUUUUUCCGGUAUCGGAAUCUUCAGCAAGCUUACGUUACGGUUACACAGAUGAAUCUUCUAGAAGAAUGAAAGAGUUAUCGUUGCAAUCACCAUUGUUUGGAAGACCAUCAAUGUUUUCUUCGAGUAGAAUGAGAUCGGGUGAUCCUGAAGCGUUGAUUUCGCCUGAGAGGUAUAAUAGACGGUAGGAGAUGAAGACACGUGGAAGGUUGAAACGACGUCGGAUUGGUGUAAAUGAGGUGGGGGAGAGGUGGUGUAAAUGUAAAGGUAGGAGAGAGAAAAUUGGGUAGAAGGAAAUUUAAUGGGAGGUGUGUUUACUGUCGAGUGCAUUAAAUGGUGAAAAUUGACGAAAGAGAGAUUUUUUUUUUUUUAGUUUUUUUAGGUUAAGAGAAAUGAAGAAGGGAGUGAUAGAAGGAUGGAGAGAGAAAAUAUAAAAUAAGAUAAAUUACGGUUUUUAUUUUUAUUUUUUUGGGUUGGGUUGAAGUUAUUAUAUAUUCUCUCUCUAUCUAUCUACUUCUCUCUAAAUCUAAAUUGUUUCAUGAGAUGAAGAGAGUAUUAAAAAAAAUAAAUGGUGUUAUUUUGAUGGGAUUGAUGUUGGUUAGAAAUUAGGGAGAAGCUCAUUUAAUGCAGGAAAUUAAUUUCUAA